GGGAACAGCGCCAGCAGUCACUCGAGCGCAUCAUCACCCAUCGAUCGCCAUGACGCUGUCCGUCGCCACCGCUCGCGCGCAACUCAAGAAGAAUGUCAAGUCGUCCUCAACCACACCGGUGGUAUGUAUCUGCGGCGGCGGAAACGGCGCGCAUGUUGCUGCGGGGUAUCUCGCCUCGAAAGGCAUUCGAGUGCACGUGUUGACGCGCAAGCCAGAGUUGUGGGCCGAAGAAAUCAGCAUUUCGACCAAGGGUAGUAGCUGGGAAGACAAGGGCGACAUUGUCGGUCGGCUCACGAUGGUUACGUCGAGUGCCAAGAACGCGAUCCCAACCGCCGACAUCAUUUUUGUCGCGGCCCCUGCCAACGCGCAUCCUGCUAUCCUGGAGAAGAUUGCUCCUUUCCUAAAGCCCGGCUGCAUUCUCGGGGCUCUGUUUGCGCAAGGUGGGUUCGACUGGGCGGCCAAGCGCGCGUUGGGACCUGUCGCGCUGGACAGCCUUCACCUUCUCUUUGGCCUUCAGAACAUCCCAUGGAUCUGCAAGGCGACAUCGUACGGCAAGCAAGCGAAGAUAAUCGGGCCGAAAAAGUGCCUGUAUGUGGCAGCGUACCCUGUUGAGCGCAAGGACGUGGCUGCCCGUGUGAUGGAGGAUCUCUUCGACAUCCCGUGCGCCACCGUGGCGAACUUCCUCAACUUGACCUUGACGCCUUCCAACCAGAUCAUCCACCCUGCGCGAUACUACGCCAUCUUCCGCGACUGGGACGGCAAGAAGACGUACACCCACGCCGAGCUGGCGGCGCGCCGUGGCCUCACCUUGUACGCCGACUUUGACGAGUUUUCCGCCGAGCAGCUCUCCAUGCUCGACAAUGAACUGCAACAAGUCAAGCUCGCGUUGUUGCAGCGGUAUCCUGCGUUGGAUUUGUCCGACGUGUUGCCGAUGGACGCGCGCGUGGUCAAGCAGUACGGCGACGACGUGUCCGAUCGCACGUCGCUCAGGGCGAUCUUUGCGUCCAAUUUGGGCUACGCUGGGUGUAAUACUCCGCUCAAGGAAGUGACCCCGGGCCAGUUCCAUCCCGCCGUCGACAGCCGGCUGUUUUGGGAGGACAUUCCGUACGGGUUGUGCAUUUUGAAGAACAUGGCGGAGAUGCUGGGCAACUUUCCGACGCCCCGCAUUGACUUUAUGAUUCGAUGGCACCAGCAAUUCAUGCAAGUGCAGUUCUUGAACGACGACAACCAGCUCAACCCGCGCGAGUUGUGGCGCACGGGCGCCCCCAACAAGUAUGGCAUCCACGACAUUGCAGACCUCGUCGACACGUCGCUCCCGCGAGAGAUGCAUGGAUAUCGACACCCGCGCUCCCGCAUGUAGACAAGUCGCUCGCUCAUUUUUGUCAUGCAUCAAAGUCGCUUGGAUUCAAGAACGAGUCGUCGUCAUCUACCUACGACGAUGUAAACUUGACCACUUGACUUCGCGCAUAUGCAAUCGCAUCAUCAAGUUGUGACAAUUGGGUGGGGGUGCCUGUUCCUUCUAGCUGCAACAGUGCCCGUUCGGUGCAGAGGCGCUGAGCUUCCAAGCUCCACUGCGCUUUCUUCGUGAACGACAGCGCAGGGGACUCUGGGAAGCUGCCAGGAGUGGUGUACGUGUCGUGGAGGACGGCCCUGUCGCCGGUGCCGCUGACGGUCGACGUCAUCUUGAGCGAGUUCCGAAAGUUGUCGAAGUCUUCGAGGAACGAUGAUCGAUUGAGCGCGGAGCUUGUGAUGGAGCUGUCUUCAACGAACGCGCCAGGAGGAUCGGCUGGAGUAUCGUCCAUGACGCCUUUGGUCGAGGGUGUAGACCUGGCUGGCU